CAAGCACAUGAAAUUCGAUAUAUUACUAUUCCCGGUUGGUUGCCUAACUUCCCCUUUUCUUAUUUACUCCCAAUUUUCCAUCAUUCAUUUCCCCCAACUUCUCAAACACGAGUAAUUCAUCAAACAAACGCAAACCACAUAAUUUCCAGCUCGAAAAUACCUUCCUUUUUUCAGCUCGUCAAUUCGUCGAACAUGUGGACUGCGAGAGACACCUCUCACGGCCGGAGCAAAGGGAAGGCGCUCGAGACGUCGAAUUUCGCCCAAACCUGCAAUCUCCUCAGCCAGUACAUGAAGCAGAAGGGCACCCUCAGAGACCUAAAUCUCGAAAUCGGAGGAAAAGUUGAAAGCAUCGAAACUCUAGUGAAGCCUGGAUCAUCUCUUGCUGCGGCGAAACGUGCGAGCACGGACUCACCGGUGAAAUCUGCGGUUACGGCGACGGAAAUUCCGAUUGUGGCGGUGGAAGAGGGCUCUGAUAAAGAUAGCACAUGCAAAGAUCCCAAGAUUGCGCAGUUGACGAUCUUUUACUCGGGAAAGGUGUUGGUUUUCGACGAUUUUCCGGCGGAUAAGGUUCGAGACGUCGUGCACUUGGCCAAAAAGAGCGGUUCGAAGAUGUCUUACGGCAUCACGGCCACGAGCAUGGCCGCUCCAGAGCGGCCGAAUCCCAUGGCCGCGGCGUCUAGCCCGCGCGAGGGGCUGCCUCCGCGGCCGCAUGCUGGGAAGCAGCACGUUGGCAUUUCGUCGAACACCUGCAAGGCUGGAGUGAGCGAAGCCGGGCCGUCGAGAUCGGGAGGGGAGGAAGAGCUCUCGACUAAUUCUGAGGGUAGUGGAUCAGAUUUGCCAAUUGCAAGGAGAUCAUCACUUCAUAGGUUUCUUGAGAAGAGGAAAGAUAGAGCUGCUGUGAGAGGGCCAUACCAUAAUCAUCAAGAGAAUGUUGCACACAAUUUCAAGGGUGAUGAACCAAUUGACCUAAAUAGCUUCCCUUAUCAAAAAGAUUAGUGUUUCAUUUUUCCAAGUUGUACUUAUAAUUCUUUUAUUAUAGUAGUAACUUCUUGAUUGGUAA